AUGCGCUUCGAAUACUCUAGCUUGGCACUCUUUGCCGGCAUUUCUUGGGCAGCCUCUCUCCCAAACACUACAACCUUCGAGCGAGAGACGCGCAGCCUCGAUGAGAUUUACCAGGCAGCUUUGGCCGAAGGUGGCGUUGUCACGCUUUGGCAUGGCGGCGAUGAGAAGACUCAGCAAAACAGUCUGAAGAGUGCCUUUGAGGCACGAUUUCCUAACAUGACACUCAAUGUCACCGUCGACCUGUCGAAGUACCAUGAUGUCAACCUUGACGCACAGUUGGCUGCCGACAAUGUUUACGUCGACAGCAUCAUCCUGCAGACGCUUCACGACUACCCACGAUGGAAGAAGCAAGGCGCUUUGAUGAACUACGCACCAUUGAACUUCGACAAGAUCUAUCCUGUGUUCAAGGACGCCGAAGCGGCUUACAGUGGACUGCUUAUCUUUGAUUGGGGUAUCUCUGCCAACAUGAACAAAACGAGCACGAUGCCUACUUCGUACCAAGAUUUCACAAAACCCGAAUACAAGGACAAGAUCGUUCUAACGUACCCUAACGACGACGAUGCUGUCUUGUACCAGUUCGAGCUGAUCAUCGAAGAGCUCGGUGAGGAAUGGUUCAACGCCCUGCUGGCCAACAACCCCCGUUGGGUGCGCGGUACUGCCACUCCCGGCACACUCAUCAAGGCUGCCAACAGCAGCAGCGCGGUGACCUUUAGCUCCGGUUACUCAUUCGCAGACCGACCACCAGUCAAGUACUCGCUCCCCAGCGACGCCAAAUUCGUCUCUUGGGCUCAGACCGGCGCAAUCCUGAAGAAAGCACCCCACCCUGAAGGCGCAAAGCUACUCCACAGCUUCAUGCUCAGCGACGAGAACCAAUCUAGCCGUGGCUGGAGCGUUCGUGAGGAUAUACCAGCACCAGAAGGCGCCGAGACAAUCCUGCAGCAGCCCGGUACGGAUGCGCCUGCGUUUGCUGAGUUCAUGGCAGACCGUGGUCAUGUUGAGAGGCGAAGGGACUUUUAUGAAGUUAGGAUUGGUACCGCGCAGGGUCUUAGCCCGCUCGUUGAUGACUUGCUCUUCAACAACCCCGUGCUAUCCGAUGUCAAGAUCAAGCAGAUACACGAGGGCCACACGCGCGAGUACUUUGCACACAAGGCUGUGCUAUGUCUAGAGUCGGAUUACUUUUUUAACGCCUUCACUGGCAGCUUCAAAGAAGCAUCUGAAGGCACUAUUGAACUACAUGAAGACGAUCCAGAGCACUUUGAGUUCUUUCUUAAGUUCAUUUACACCGGUGCAUACGACAAACACGAGAUCGCCACACUUGCAGGCGACGACAAGAGCAAGCGCGUUCUGGUUCCAAUCGGUGUGCACGCCAUCGCUGAUAAGUACGAUGUCGCCAAGCUCUACGAGCCAGCGGCGGAAGACGUCAAGGCGGUUCUUCUGGAGGCUGUCGAGGACGAGGAUAUGCUCAUUACUGCGAUCCAAGCUCACUACGGUACCGAAGUCAACGUUGAUGGGGCCAUGGGACGCCUCAUCACUGAUGUUGUCUUCGAUAAACACCAAGGUCUGCUUGAGACAGAACGUUUUGAGCAAUUGCUGCUUGCCCAUUCCAAUUUCGCUGCAGACGUUGCGUUGCAUUCUCAGCGUGGAAAAAGACUGAAAACACUGAAGCUUGCUCAGUCUAUGAUCGAGUUCUUCGCCAAGCGGUCGAUACAGAUACCGGAUUGA